UCCAACAAAAUUGAAAUUGAAUGCAUCGGAAGGUAGCGAGCCACCGCCGGGCGGCGUAACCGUCAUCACUCUCCCUGACGUCGCUCUCACUCUCCCUCUCUCUCUAGUCAGCACUCGCAGCACUGAAUCAUAUCUUCUCUUGGCAAUACCAGCAGCAUCUAUCCAUGGCGGAGUCUUCGAAAGACGCAAAUCGUAAAUUGUCGAUCGCCGACGAGGAAGAGGAAGAGGAAGCUGCAAUUGACGAGGAUCUCAGUCCCUCGCUCGACAAACUCUCCAUAGGUCGUAAGAAGAAGCUUCUCGUGCUCUCCUUAGGAGGCCUGCUGGUGCACAGAGUCCACAAAAAGGAGAAAAGGACCGUCCGAGGCCUCCGCGCGGAUGUGACGUACGGAGCAUUUUUAGUGUUCAAGAGGCCUUUCUGCACCGAUUUUCUGAAAUUCUGCUUCGAGCGAUUUGAUGUCGCGCUGUGGUCCUCUGCGAGAGAGCACAACAUCGAAUGCUUUCUGAGCAGCGUCGCGGACGGAGAAGAGAAUAAAUUCGUGUUUGUUUGGAGCCAAUCCGAAUGCAGUGAUUCAGGAUUCUACAGCCUUCACAAAGACGAAAAGCCUCUGUUCGUGAAGGAACUCAAACGCAUUUGGUACAACAAAACCUUCAAAGCCCGAUAUUCUGCUGCCAAUACUCUCCUAAUCGACAAUGAACCCCACACUGCUCUUCUUAACCCGCCAGAUACAGCAAUCUUCCCCCACGCUUACAAAACCCACAAUCCCGACGACACAUUUCUAUGCAAGUGA